AUAUUCCAUUCCAUUAGGUUUUCACUCUUUCUCAAACAAUCGUUUCUGUGGAGCAGCAGCAGCACACACUCAUCAUCAUCAGACGAGUGCUUGAGGAAUGCUCGAUUGAUUAAUUCUAAAUACAAGGAAGAUGGCCAAGAAGAACCCGCUUGUGUACUUGGAUGUCUCUAUAGAUGGAGAUCCUGCUGAAAGAUUGGUUUUUGAGCUCUUCUCAGAUAUUGUUCCCAAGACCGCAGAGAAUUUCCGGGCACUCUGUACCGGAGAAAAAGGGAAUAGUCAGAAAACUGGAAGACCUCUACACUACAAGGGAUCCUUCUUCCACCGCAUAAUUAAAGGAUCCAUGGCCCAGGGUGGUGAUUUUUAUAAACGUGAUGGAAGUUAUGGAGAGAGCAUAUAUGGUGGCAAGUUUCCAGAUGAAUCCUCGAAGCUGAAACAUGAUGCACCUGGCCUCUUAACUAUGGCAGUUGGAGAUCGUGAUUCACGUGGCUCUUUAUUUAACGUGACCUUUGGCGCAAAUCGCCAUCUUGAUAGGAAACAUGUUAUUUUUGGAAAGCUUGUUCAAGGAAUUGAUGUACUGCGAAAGAUCGAAAAUGUGGGCGAUGAAGAUGGAAGACCGUCCGUGACUGUGAAGAUCAUCUAUUGUGGCGAAAUAAGCGAGAGUGAGAAUCAAAGCUCUGGUAUGGGGGAUGAAGUUUCUCAUAAGAAGGCAGCUAGCAAAAAGUUGGGUAAAGAUGUUUCGUCCGAGGUUCACAGCCAUGAAGUACGGAAAAAGGGUAAACAUAAAAAAUUAUCAAAAGAGCGAAAGAAGAAGAGAAAAAGAUAUUCUUCAUCCGAAUCAGAUAGUUCUUCAGACAUGGAGUCAGAUUCAUCCGAUUCGGAGGAUGAUUCUGAAUCAUCCGAAUCAGAUAGUUCUUCAUUCUCAUCUGAUCUGAGCUCUUCAAGUGAUGAUAGGCGUAAGAGAAAGAAGAGAUCGUCUAGAAGGGAUCGGCACAAACGCAAAAGAAGGGAUAGAAGGCGUGAAAAGAAACGGAGGAAGCGAGAUAAGAAGUCUAAACGACGAUCAAAAAGGACAUCUGAUAAUGGCGAUGGUAGUGCAAGUGAAAGUGAACACGAAGCCGAGGAUAACGGUGAUGCUAAAAAACCUAAUCAGAAGCAUAACAACUUGGCUAAGAACGCUGAUGGAAAUCAAGCUCUGUCAACUGAAGCUGAAGAUGGCACUGUUCGUCACAAAACAGGAGAUGGAUAUGAUGCACAUGAAAGGGAGGAGGGUGAAUACCCGAAAGAAAACGGUGAUCGGCCGAGCAAUGGUGUCGAUUUUGUGAAGGUAGCUGAAAGACCUGAUGUAGUAGAUGACCAACCACACAAUUCCAGAAGUCCUCGAAGGGCCUUGAGCAAGAGCAUGAGUAUCAGUCCUAAGAGGAGCCCUAGUGCAAGCCCAAGGCGCAAUCUAAGCAGGAGCCCGAGUGUCAGUGGUUCUCCCAGACGUGCCACCAUACUCAAAAACCGUAGUCUGAGCCGAAGCCGCAGCCCAGUUAGAAGCGACAGUAUCAGCAAGAGUCCACUUAGAAGCAUUAGCAGAAGUCCAGUGAGGGGACAAAAUGUACGAAGCAUUAGCCCAAGCCCAGUUAGAUCGCGAGAUCCUAAAAGUGUUAGCAGGAGUCCCACACCACCACCACGAACAUCUUCAAGGAAGUCCUCAAGGAAGUCGGUUAGCAGAAGUCCUGUUAGAUCUUCGAGAAGAAGUUAUAGCAGAAGCCCAGUGAGAUCCUCGAAACGAAGCUUGAGCAGAAGCUCUGGCAGGGCCCCGCUGAGGAGGAGCCCUAGUAGGAGUCCUGUCAGAGCAUCUUUGAGGGGUAGUAGGCGCAGUUAUUCUAGGAGCCCUGUUGGUGGUCGUAGGGGCAGAUCACCUUUAGGUGAUCGUGGAAGGAGCCUAUCUAGAAGUGCUUCACCUAAUGGGUCACCCAAACGUAUUAGAAGGGGUAGGGGUUUUAGUAAUCGGUAUUCUUAUGCGCGUAGAUACCAUUCUCCUGAUCGCUCUCCAGUUAGACCUUAUCGGUAUGGCAGGAGCGACCGUGACAGGUAUUCAAGCUAUAGGCGCCGCAGCCCACUGAGAGACAGAAGUCCGCCCAGGUAUAGAGGUAGAAGAAGUAGAACCCGAAGUCCAAGCGUAUCACGCAGCCCAGUGCGUUAUCGUCGCCGUUACAGUCGCAGUCGCUCUCCUGUUGAGACAUCAAGAUACAGGCCAUCUCCUCCAGUUGAAAGGAGAAGGGCACCUCGUAGCAGAACGCCGCCCUCUCGAAGCAGGAGCCCAUAUGAACCCACGUCUUCACCCUCACCGUCUCCAAGAAAAACCAGCAAGUCAAAGUCGAAGUCAAAAUCCUUAUCUAGAUCAAGGUCUAGGUCACCUUCGAGAAGCCCGCCUGCUAAGAAAGGACUCGUCUCUUAUGGAGAUGGUUCUCCCGACUCUGGUCAGAAGUAAGGAGGAUUUUUGGUGAGAUGGGAUGAGGUCGAGGGAUUCACUUUUGCUGUGGCUUUUGAUGAGUUGUCCGGAAGUAUCGGAUGAUUGAUAGACUUUCUAUUUAGGGUGUGUUUUGAAUAAUGGACUAUAUUCUGCAUUUGUUUUCUUGUGUCUUGUAUUUCUCAUAUGUGGAGGUGCUAGACUAGUUAAAGACGAUUGGAUGUGUAUUCACUAUUCAGAGAUUUAGACCCGAGAGGAUUAUUAUGCUUUUUUUGAAGCUUCUGUUACAUUGUCAUUACUAUCAUUACUAUUAUUAUAGUCAUGGUUUGCUUAGAUA